AUGGGCAGACUCAUCAAGAACCACUGGGCACGCCUGAUUAUGCUGACGGCAGCUACCUACCAAAUCGCCGCUGCUGUCGAAGGCUUCCUCUGGCCCAAAAUCUUUUGGGACUUUGCCACCAAGAACCUCGACGGCGCCGUCAAGCCUAUCCCCGUCCUCCAACUCCUCAACCUCUUCUUCGGCAUCGGCAUGCUCGCCCUCGAAUGGCCCCUCGGCGUCGUUGCCGGCAGCAGCCUGCACCGCUCCCUCGAGUUCCGCCUCAUCUUCCUACCUCUCACCAUUCUCGCCUCGGUUCUCAUGUACCAGUCCACCAACCCGGCCAUUUACUACCUCAUUGGCAUGGGCGCCUAUUUCUGGGCUUAUAGUGAAGGCGAGAUUAUUUGCGCCAAACCUUGGACGCUGCCCCAGCGCAUGCCGCGCAACGGCCUCUCACGAGCAUGA